AUGGCGAAAAAAGCAGUAUUAAUUGGAAUCAAUUAUCCAGGAACAAAAGCAGAACUUAGAGGUUGUAUUAACGAUGUUAAGCGAAUGUACAAUUGUUUACUUAAUCGUUACGGAUUUGCUGAGGAAGACAUUACUGUUCUUAUAGAUACUGAUGAUUCUUACACACAACCAACUGGUCGGAAUAUACGUAAAGCUUUAUCGGAUCUUGUUGGAUCUGCUGAAUCAGGGGAUUGUUUGUUUGUGCAUUACAGUGGACAUGGAACUAGGUUACCUGCUGAAACGGGUGAAGAAGAUGAUACUGGUUUUGAUGAGUGUAUUGUUCCUUGUGAUAUGAAUCUUAUUACAGAUGAUGAUUUUAGAGAGCUCGUUGACAAAGUUCCUGAAGGUUGCCAGAUCACAAUUGUAUCUGACUCAUGCCACAGUGGUGGCCUCAUUGACAAAGCUAAAGAGCAGAUAGGGGAGAGCCACAAGCAAGGUGAUGACGAUGAAGGCCAUGGAUCUGGUUUUGGAUUCAAGAAUUUCUUACGUCGAAAUGUUGAAGAUGCAUUUGAAUCCCGGGGUAUCCACCUUCCAGGUCGCCACCAUCGCCGUGAGGAAGAAGAGGAGAAUUUUGCUGAGAGUAGUGUGAUUGAGACGGAAGACGGUGAUCAAGUUCAUGUGAAGAGCAAGUCCUUGCCUCUUUCCACUCUCAUCGAGAUACUUAAGCAGAAAACUGGUAAGGAUGAUAUUGAUGUUGGGAAACUUAGGCCAACACUCUUUGACGUCUUUGGCGAAGAUGCAAGUCCUAAGGUGAAGAAAUUCAUGAAAAUCAUUUUUAACAAGCUACAAAAGAAUAACGAGCAGGGUGGAGGCGGCGGGUUCAUGGGUAUGGUUGGUAACUUGGCUCAAGAGUUUCUGAAACAGAAACUUGAUGAAAAUGAUGAGAGCUAUGCAAAACCGGCCAUGGAAACACACGUUGAAGGUAAACAGGAGGUUUAUGCCGGUUCAGGUAAUAGAGGUCUUCCAGACAGUGGCAUUCUCGUCAGUGGGUGCCAAACAGACCAAACAUCUGCGGAUGCAACCCCUGCAGGCGGAGAGUCUUAUGGUGCUCUAAGCAACGCAAUUCAGGAAAUCCUGGCCGAAUCAGAUGGUCCAGUCACCAAUGAGGAGCUUGUUAGCAAGGCUAGGAAAAAGAUGCAGAAACAAGGCUUCACACAACGCCCAGGCCUCUACUGCGAUGAUCAUCACGUUGAUGCUCCUUUUGUUUGUUGA